AUGCGAGUCUCCAAGAUUGUCGGCUACGAAAAAGGAUCAGUCAUCGCCGAGUUCGAAGUGGUCGCCAUGGAAGAUACCGCCAAGCCUAUGGAGCUCAAAUCAAUGGUUGAGGAGAAUGCGGUUCGUGGUCAAAUCGGAGCCUUCUCUAUCGAGCCAUCAACCGUUAAAGUCACUGAGGUCGAUACCACCACUGCUCCAUCCAAUGAGGAAACUCUCACAGAUUGGCGAAUGUGGCGCAACAUCGUCGUCAUCGCUGGUUGCUCAGUGGCUACUGCUAUUGCUGUAUUAUGCAUUUGCUACAUGUGUUGCUCAAAAUGCAAAAAGAGGACCUAUACCGCCUACCCAGUCGCCGAUCAUCACAUGUCGUACGCCAGUAGAAUGUUAAACGAGAAAGGAGGAUUCGACAAUGCCAUCUACCACCAACCACAGCGAUUCUAUUCCCAAACGACGGUCGCAUCGACCAAAGUAACAUCGGCCUCUGCUGCUCACGGUGCCGACCCAAAUGGAAAUAUUGAAGGACCACCAGGAGGUGUUGGAGAGACUACUUACGCCGAGUGGUAUUCUAAGGUCGGAUCAAAGCCCGCAUCCCAACAACACGAAGAAGUCCCACCACAACAACAGCAGCCACCAGUCCAGUCCCGACCACCAUCCACGACGCCAUACGUGUCAUAUCCCAACGAUCCGACAGGCUACUACACGUUGGGCGGCCGUCAUCGGCAGAACUCGGCGAGCUCGAAUAAUAAGUAUGCCACUAAGUAUUAG